ACCAAUCAGAAGCGUCGGCUCCGGGUUGAACAGCGGGUUCAAAACCGUUUCGGUUAAAUUUGUUAAAGUUGCGAAAGUCUGAUUGAAUCCUUCUUUCACGGAUCAAUACAUCUGAUCAUUGUCAUAAGUGACUUAAUUUAACAACUACAAUGGCUCAUAAACAGAUCUAUUACUCGGAUAAAUACACAGAUGAUCUUUACGAAUACCGACACGUGGUCUUACCGCGAGAACUGGCCAAACAAGUGCCCAAAUCCCACCUGAUGACCGAGGACGAGUGGAGGAGGCUGGGCGUGCAGCAGUCGCUCGGAUGGGUGCAUUAUAUGAUCCAUGAACCAGAACCUCAUAUUCUGCUGUUUAGGCGACCUCUGCCGAAACAGUGACAGCGACCCGUCAGGAACACUCCUGUGGUUUUCAGUGAAUACUGGAGAACUAACCACGUUUUCUGGACUCCUUUGAACAUGAUGCUGCGUUUCACGUCAGUUGUGCUCAAACAGAAUCAAGAGAUUGUGGGAAAUGUAUUUUCAGUGAAAAUUAAGGACUCUUAACUCUGGGAAAAAAAAUAAUAAUAAUAAUGCGACUCCAGUGCCUCUCUGAGUGAAGCCAAACCUUUAAAAAUUUGUGUUGAAUAAAAGUCUGUGAUGCAUCAUCAGUGUUUAGAAACCUAAAUCAGUGUUUAAGUGGCUCAGCUAAAUACAUUUUUUGGGAUAAAAGAUGUACUAAAGGGAGAUCCUUGGUGUCUAUCCAGUUAAGACAUCAGCCAUUCUCAGGUUGAAAUGAAUUCUUCAGGGAAGGCGAUUGUGAUACUGUACAGAUAAUUUAUAAAAUGUGCUUAUAUCACAUAUAAAACUUUGUUAAAAAGGUAGAAAUAGAAAAAGAGCCAUGAUCACAGCACUAUCAGCAACUGUGUUACCUGAAAAGAAAAUAAGUUUUCACCCUUCAUCACAA